AUGAUAAAUGAUAAUUAUCAUAAACUUUGGCUUUAUAAUGAUACAUAUUAUGAAAAAAUUAGACUUAAUGCAAAAAUUAAUCUUACAGAUAUUUUAACUAAUGAAUAUAAUCCAAAACCCAUUUAUUGGCAAGAAGAACUUUUACAUCAAUUUUCUCAUCGUGUUUAUCAAGAAUUAUUAUUAAUGAAUAAAAAGAAAGAAGAUUUGAAUAAAUUAUCAAAUGAACAAAUUGAAGAAAUUGUUAAUGAAACUAUUAAAUAUUGGACUUUAUUUUUUAACACAAGACAUGAAAAUACACAACUUGUAAAAACUGGGUUAUAUGAAUUUAUCAAUAUGAUAAAUAAUCAUUUUACUACUAUUUGGAAUUAUCAUGAUGGAUAUAUUGAAAAAAUAAAAAAAAGUUCAAAAUAUGCUGUUGAAAGUAUUGUAACAGAAAUCUAUAGUAGAAAAUAUUAG